AUGAUUUGUUUCAAGUUUAAGUUGUGUCGCUCAGUGGAUUGGAUACAAAAAGAAAAUACAUGCCGGUUUAACACAAAAUUUGGCAUCAAGAGUGAAGGUAGUCUAGUGACUAAAGACCAAAUCUUUCAUGUCGAACGGGAAAAUUUCUCAUCGCACUUGGCAGGCAAAUGUCUGAAUCAUUCCUGUACUGAGAAUGACAUCUGUAUUGCUGGGAAAUGUGUUCCUGUUUUAGAAGAAAAAAUUUAUAAAGACUGUUCAGAUAUUGUGAAAAGAGACCCCGGCAAGAAAGGACAAAAUGGGGUGUACGUUAUUUACCCUGACACCCGGAGAGAUGUUUUCUGUGACAUGACGACAGAUGGAGGAGGGUGGACGGUCAUUCAGAAACGACAAGAUGGUGACGUUGAUUUUUACAGGACAUGGAUAGACUAUAAACAUGGAUUUGGGGACGCCUCUAAGAACUACUGGAUAGGGAAUGACGUAAUCCACGCCUUCACAAUGGAUAAAAACCAAAAACUCCGUGUAGAUAUCCAGAGUUGUGACGGAGAACAUGCCUAUGCUGUGUACACUACAUUUUAUAUCGGAGAUGAAAACAAUAAAUAUACACUUACAGUAUCUGGAUACAACGGAACAGCGGGUGACAGUUUAAAGUAUCACAAUGGUAUGAAUUUCACCACUCAGGAUCAGGACAACGACAAGAGGAUUGAUGGUAAUUGUGCUAUAGUACGACAGGGAGCCUGGUGGUACAGGAACUGUGACUACUCAAACCUUAACGGGCAGUACGCCCAGUCUGCCCUGUCUGGUCAAUACUACUCAAAAUGGUGGCACUUGAAACGUAAAAAUGAAGCAUUAAAGCAGACUCAGAUGAUGAUCAGGCACAAAGACUACAGUUAA